AUGUCUGUUAAAUUCGAUUUAAAGAUUGAUAAGUAUCUUCUUCUAAUUUUAUGGAAGUUAAAUUGUAAAUCAUUUAAUGAUAUUGUAAACUGUGACAAGUUUAUCUUUAAUACUGAUUCAAUUGUACAUUUCACUAUUUCAUAUGUAUCUUCCUCUAAAUCAUACUCUUCUACUAUUAAAAAUAAAUUUUCUGGUAUUGUUUUUAUACUUUGUAAAAAUAUUCUAAUUAUAUCUGAAAAUCUAUUUUCAAAUCUUGUAAAUAAAUUUCUAUGA